UGUGCAAAAAUAAAUAUGUUUUCGAAGUUGGAUGCACUGGCGACGCGUCUUACAACACCAAGCAGCGCGAGCGACACCGGCAAUGUACGUACUGUGAGUCAGAGUGUCCCAUUGUCAGUGAAUGUGAUUGAUAUACACCAAAUAUUCAAGCCGAAUAAUAUUUUUAGUUAUCGAAUGGUUAAAUCAGAAAACAUGUCAUCAUCAGAAGGUGGAGAUGACGGCUUUAUUGUUAAACUGCGAGGACUUCCAUGGUCAGCUACAGUCGAUGAAAUUUUAAAUUUUUUCCGUGACUGUACAGUCCAUGAAGGAAAGCAGGGUAUUCAUAUGACACAGUCACGUGAAGGUCGACCCAGUGGUGAAGCUUAUGUGGAGUUGGAAAGUGAAGAAGAUGUAGAACGUGCUUGUAAAAAAGAUCGUGAACAUAUUGGAAAUCGUUAUAUUGAAGUAUUCAAAGUGAAUCGAGCGGAAAUGGAAUGGGUGUUAAAACGACGUGGUUUAAAUGGUAGCAAUGAAGACGGUUGUGUACGAUUAAGAGGUUUACCAUUUGGAUGUUCAAAAGAAGAAAUUGCACAAUUUUUCAGUGGGUUGGAGAUAAUGCCAAACGGGAUUACCCUACAGACAGACUACUCGGGGAGGAGUACUGGGGAGGCUUACGUACAGUUUGUAAACAGAGACGUGGCAGAGAAUGCUUUGCGAAAACAUCGCGAAAAAAUAGGACACAGGUAUAUAGAGAUAUUCCGCAGUAAUUUAACAGAAGUACAAAAUGCGUGCAAUUUGAUGUGCGGUGGUCCAGGUGGUGGUGGAGGACCAAAUAGACGUGGUAGCGGUGGAAUGGGAUUCGGUAUGAGACCCACGCCAUACGAUCGUGGUGAUCGUUUUGGUGGUAUGAAUCGAUUCCAAAAUAAUGGUGGACCAAGAAAUGGUAGACAUUUUAAAGGACCAAUGAGUAUGCAGUCAAAAUUAAUAGACAAUAUGUGGGGGGCAGGGGGUCCUGGUGGAUAUGGUGGUCGCAAUGGACGUGGUGGUCCACUAGGAGGUCUAAGACCUCUAAUGAGUGGUGGUGAUGGUCCUAAUCGUAAUUGGAAUGGCGAUCGCCGUGGUAUGGAUCGUAUGUCAGGUGGCAUACAUUGUGUGCAUAUGCGUGGCUUACCUUUCCGUGCAACUGAAAGUGAUGUAGCAGAUUUUUUCAAGCCAUUAAAUCCUGUGAAUAUAAUACUAAUUAUGGAUAAUAGUGGUCGGCCUUCUGGUGAAGCGGAUGUUGAAUUUGAAUGUCAUGAUGAUGCUGUACAAGCCAUGAGCAAAGAUAAAGGACAUAUGCAACAUCGAUAUAUUGAAUUGUUUUUAAAUUCUUCACCAGAUUCGUCGGGGAAUUUCUUUGGUGAUCGCAGACGUCAUUAAACCAGCUUCAGUAUCAUUCAUCGAAAAAAUAUGUAUACACAUAGUUUUUUCCCCCUUAGAUUUUUCAUACAUGCAUAUUUCAAAAAAGAGCAAAAAAUUCCAAAAAAAAUAAUUGUAAUUUUAGUGAGAUGGUGCUUUAUUUUUCCAACAAACAGCAGCAAACAGCACAUAUUAUCUAAUCUAUAUUUAUAACAAAAAUGUGGUAAUUUAGGCAUUUUUCAAAUGUUUGGGCCUGGAAUGAAUGUAAAAGUAUUAUCAAUUGUGAUUUAUUUUCAAAAAAAAAAUAAUAAUUUAUUU